AUGGUCCCCAAGACCCUGGCCCCCAAGACCCUUCCAACCACCCACGCUCUAGUCUCACAGUGUGCGGGCGGAUUGACUUCUUCGAUAUCGUACAUUGAGAAUUGUGCUGGAUGUGAUGCCUCUCAAGUUCAGAAACUCGAGCAAGCGUUCGCGGAUGUGCACACUCUGGUAACGCUCGCAAAGACCAUAGAUACUUCCAAGCGCCCUUGGUCAAACUACUUCGGCAAACAGGGCGAUGGCAAGACUGAGGACGAGAAAUAUGCAAAAGCGAUCUUCUUCAAGAGCGAUAACCCGGAAUCGAAGAACAACUUGAACUCGAGACACAUGCGUGCGCCGGAAGGGGAACGCCCCAGUCGUAAAGGACCUAAAAAGGAAUACUGGUGCGAAGACCACAAGAAUAUCAAAUGGUACGAAUUGGCAGCUCAGCACAUCCUCCAUGAGAUGACCCACGUCGAUUCUGUGGGUAAGCAGGCUGGCUUACCUGAAUACACUGGUAAGGAUGGCGUCACGGCGCAUGGAACAGACGAUUGGAAGACGACCAACUACAUUAAGAACGCCCGGCUUCUAGCAAAUAACUGGCAGAAAGACGAGGCGAAGUGUGAAGAAAACCACGAGAUGCCUCCUUACCGAAAUGCCGAUAACAUCGCAAUGUCGGCCUUGGAAUGGUAUUUCACGGAACAUUGUUCUCUCGAGGCUAGUAUUCCCUUGUAG